CGCCUGAACGCGUUCCUCACGGCGCGCGGCGCCGCGCCGUCCAAGUUCGUCCGCGUCCCCGCGCAGUACUACGACGAGACGCUCGAGUUCCGCGCGUCGUGCCUGCGCGCGUCGUCGAUCCACCGCCUGUGCAAGACGAUCUGCAUGGAAAACACAAAGUGGAACGGCGACCCGUCGUCCUUCGGACGCGCGAACGCGCGGCAUUACGUCGUCGUCGUGCAGUACACCGCGCGUCUGUCGCAGCAGAAGCUCGAGCGAUGGCUGCACGAGCUCAACGCGGGCGCGGUCGCGAAGAGCCGGCUGCACAUGCGCGUCGCGAAGGAGGAGGACUCGGAGCGGAUCACGGGAUAUAAAACCGGGGGGGUCGUGCCGUUCGCGAUGCGCGAGGGAGACGCGACGCCCGUGGUGUUGAGUCACAGGAUAGCGGCGCUGGGCGACGACGCCGCGUUCUGGCUCGGCGGCGGGGAGGUCGAUCUGAAGCUUCGCGUGGGGGUGAAGGAUUUCGUGAGAGCCACGGACGCGUACCUC